AUGGACGCCGACGCGUACAGGUAUCGGGCGCCAAAGCCUAACUACAUGCCUCACAAGCCAGACAUUGACCGCAAUGAGAUUGUCGAGGAGUAUAGCCCGCUGGGGCUGGCGGGCGAGAUGGACGACGCCAAGUUCUUUGCCAAGUGCCAGCGCUACGCCGAGAAGGCGGGCGUGACUCGACCCAAGGGAUACAAUGUGUCGUUCCAUUGCAACCCGGAGAUGGAAAAGCACCACUUUGGCCAGACGCACCCCAUGAAGCCGUGGCGGCUGACCCUGUCCAAGAGUCUCAUUUACUCGUACGGCAUGUCGUUUGCCAUGGACAACUACAUCUCGCGCGCUGCCACGUACGAGGAGCUGGCAUCGUUCCACUCGACCGACUACCUCGACUUCCUCGGCACGGUGCUGCCAGAGCCGGUGCCGCGCGAUCUGGAGAACUCGACCCUGGACCUCAAGUUCAACCUGGGCGGAUCCGACUGCCCGCUCUUCGACGGUCUGUACGACUACUGCUCGUUAUCGGCGGGCGGCGCGCUGGAUGCGGCGCGCAAGAUCUGCUCCAAGCAGUCGGACAUCGCCGUCGCCUGGGGCGGCGGGCUGCACCACGCCAAAAAAGCCGAGGCGUCGGGGUUCUGCUACAUCAACGACAUCGUCAUCGCGAUCCUGCAGCUGCUGCGGUACUAUCCGCGCGUGCUGUACCUGGACAUUGACGUGCACCACGGCGAUGGCGUGGAGGAGGCCUUCUUCUCGACGGACCGCGUCAUGACGGUGUCGUUCCACAAGUACGACCCCAACAACUUCUUCCCGGGCACGGGGUCCCUCGACGACAACGGCCCCAAGUCGGAGCACAACCCCGGGUCGCACCACGCCUUCAACGUCCCCCUCAAUGAUGGCAUCACCGACGAGCAGUACGACAACCUCUUCAACACGGUCGUCGGCAAAAUCGUCGAGAAGUUCCGCCCGGGCGCCAUCGCCCUCCAGUGCGGCGCCGACUCCCUGGCCGGCGACCGUCUCGGCCGCUUCAACCUGCAGGUCCAGGGCCACGGCGCCUGCGUCGCCUUCUGCAAGCGGAUGAACAUACCCCUCAUCCUCUUCGGCGGCGGCGGCUACACGCCCCGCAACGUCGCCCGCGCCUGGACCUACGAGACCAGCAUCGCCAUCAACCACAGCGCCAAGCUCGACCCCAUCCUGCCCCUGCAUGCCCCCUGGAGGGACCACUUCCGCCACGACACCCUCUUCCCCACCCUCGAGCAGACCCUGGGCGAACCCCGUCAGAACAGAAACACCCAGAAGCGCCUACAGGACAUUGUCCAGCACGUCACGGAGCAGCUGCGGUACGUGCAGGCCGCCCCCAGCGUCCAGUUUCAGAUCAUACCUCCCGACCUGGCCGGUAUACGGGACGAUGUCGAGGAGAGGCUGAAGGAGGAGAAGGAGGAGAAGAGGGACGAAAUUCGACGCGUGCGCGAGGCCGCCGUCGGGACACCCAUGGAGUUUUAA